AUGAUGAAUAACGACAAAGGUGCUACAACUAAUGACAGCAUUGGAGAACUUGUUCGUAUUGUGGAUAAUCAUCUUAAUCCAAUGAAUACAACUUCAAAUUUAAGUUGGACACGUACUUAUACUCCACCAUUAAUGGGCACAUCUGCUCGUGCAGUUAAACGUCGAGUAGAUGGUGAUACAGGACCAAUACGUAUAGAAGGUACAGAUACAUAUAAUCGACCAUUACAACAUCAUUAUCAAAAUGUUCGACAAAUAUUGGAGCAACCACAACAAUCGAGUCAAAUAUCAAAUGUUGAUCAAUCAAAUUAUUCAAGGUCGUUAUCGAAUACAAAACGAGACUUUUUUGACAAACAAUCUCAAUUACCAAUAUCAACAUAUGAUUAUCCACCACAUGAAUCACAACAACAACAACAACAACAGCAACAACAGCCAAUGCAAAAAAUAGUUACAACAAUAACCACAACUACAGAAACAUUACCAACACUAGUUAAACAAACACCAUUAUUAACUAAUCAUAUACUUGAACAAUCGACUGAAACGAAUAUUAAAACAAUUAAAAAUGAUUCUCAACAACCACAAAUUAUUGAACGUACAGAAAAAUAUCAAGAAUUUUCAGAUUCAACUAAUGAUGGAAUUCGUCGUUUACCAAUGUUUCCUAUAACAAAAACAACUGGUGCUACUGACCUUGAUCAAGUCCAAGCACAAGUUAAUCGUUUAAGUGAUGAUCAUCAAGCUAUUCAACAAUUAGCGCGUGAACUUCAAGAACAUAAUGUAACAACAACAAAUCAAUAUAAACGUUUAGCAUCACAAACGAAUACAACUUUAACUGAUACAACAACAACGACAACAACAAAUCCAUCGAAUACUAUUAUUACUGAUAAAACUAAUAAGACAGUAACAAGUGAAUUUACUGUUAUUGAUGCUUUACUUGAUAAUCCAAUAGGAUCAAAUGAUGAUAAACAAAAUAGUCUUUUACAUAAACGUUUUAAUGAUAUUCUAUCAAAUAUACGAAAUUCUGAAUAUGUGAAUUUAUUUAAAAAUUCAACAGCAAAAAAAAUAUUAAAAACACCAACGAAUGAACCUGUGAAUACACGAUUAAUACGUAAACAAACACAUUUCACAGAAUCAAACAUCGAACAGAUUUCAAUGUCAACUGAACAAACUCCUUUACUUAAUUCAAAAGAAAAGAAAAAACAAGACAAAGUAAAUAAGAAAAAAUCUAAAACUAAAACUAAAUCAAAAAAAUUACCAAAAAAUGUCGAUUAUCAAGUUAUUGAUGCUAUUAUUAAUAGUCCUAUUUCACUUUAUAUACCAGAUUCUUACUUAGCCAAAUACAAAGUUACUUCUCGAUUAUCUCAAUUGUCUUCUGUUCCAUCAAUAAGAUCAACAGAUAAUAGCAUUUCAAUGUCUCAACAACUGGACACCAAGGCUAACAAUGAGACAGUCUAUAACCUUGCCAACGUUAUCCAUGAAAUUUUUCUACAUCAUGCAGCUGCUUUAACUUUAUUAGGUUCUACACCAAAAAAACAAUUACAAAAUCCAAUGAAACCUAGUGUUAUAAAUGAACUUGUUUAUAAACAACAACCACAACAAUCAUUGAUGAAUUCUAAUCAAUCCGAAAUACAGUUACAACCAGACCCGAAUAAAACUCGUGUUCUUUAUCGAUAUCUUGAUGAACACGGAAAUGUACUUAAACUAUCAUCAACACCACCAUCACAAUUACGUGAAAGUCUAGCAGAACCAUCGCAACAAUCUUCAUAUCGACGUACUGAACCAACAUAUAUUUAUAAUCAACAAAUAACUAGAAAUGAUGAGCAAAAUCUUCGUCGAAUACCUGAACAUGAACAACGUAUAACAAGGCAAGUUGAAUCAAGACUACCAACAACAAAAACAAUAACAAAAGAAGAUUUAGAAUUACGAAAUAAACAAACAUCACAGUUAAAUAACUAUUCACCACGAUUAGAUCAAAUUACACUAGAACCAUUGGCACAAUUCUCAUAUCGAAAUAUUGAACCAACAUAUAUAUCUAAUCGACAAAUAACUAAAGAUGAUGAACAAAAUCUUCGUCGAGUACCUGAACAUGAACAACGUAUAACAAAACAAGAUGAAUUAAGAUGGCCAACAGCAAUAAUAACAACAUCAACAACAAAAGAAGAUUUAGAGUUACGAAAUAAAAAUGUAUCAAAAUUAAAUAUACAACCAUCACCAACAGUAUAUAAUAUACCAAUAACAAUUGAACAUCCACAUACAAUAAAAACUCCUCCUCAACAACAACGUAAACAUCAUCAUCCAAAUCAACAAAAUGUUUCUUUAAGUUGGCUACCACUAUCAUACCAAUUAGAACAACAAUAUGUACCAAUUGGUUCAAUUAAUUACGACACAGAUUCAUCAAUGAGUGAACAUUCACCAAUACAUCAGCCAUAUGAUUAUGUACCCGUAUAUACUCAUCAUCAUCAUAAUCGAGGAACAUUUUUACCAAAUGCUUGUUGUCAUAAUCAUUUACAAGGCCAUGCUCAUUAUCCUUCCCCACCACCUGUAUCUUAUGUUACUUCAUGUAUAAUACCUGAAUAUAGUGGUGGUAGUUAUUCUCGAAAUUAUAUUGAAGUAUUUCGUGAUGGUGAAACAAUACCAAGUGAAGUUUAUUCAUUGCCAAUAAAUGAACUUAUAACAACAAAUAAUUCUCAUACAUCUUAUGAUCAACAUGAGAAUAAACAUCAACCAUCAUCUUCAAUAAAUUUACAAUUUGAAAAAAACAUUCCAUCAACAUCAACUCAUGAUCAAUAUCAUUCUCGUACGAUAGACACUAGUCCCAAUCGUGAUAAUAUUUAUUUUGAUAAUUAUUUACCUCAAUCAAAAUCCUUUGAUUAUCGUCCUUUACGUACUAAAAUUCAACGUGAACAUAAAAUUACACCACGUUUACUUGUUGAGGAGUGGGAUAAUCCUCAACAAUCUUCAUCUACUAAUUAUAAUCAACAAAUGAGUACUUCAUCAACAGAUGAAGUUUUUAUAAAUAAUAAGCCAACGAACAAGACUUCACCUUGA